CUUGGAUGUGCGGCAUGGUGCUUUGUUGCUGAGAUGGGCGAUGUGGCAAUGAUAAAGUCUUUGAUGAGAAAUGUGAGGUCAUCUCACUGAGGCACGUGAAUUUGGCUCUUUACCCUUUACUAAAAGUUUCACUUUAAUGAAGUCGGUGACGCUUCGAUGACCGCGGUCAGAAGAGGUGGAUACAACUUUAUAGGAAAUGUUUGACGAAGGUUGUUGAUGCCUUGAGAAAUCAGGUCCAAGAAGCGACCUCGGCAACGCCCCUCAUUAUUCAUCCAAAUCUUCAGAAGAAAGACGACUUUAUCAACAAAUUUCAUAAUGAGUGCAUCGAUGCCUCUAAAAGAGGUAGCUGACCUUCCUUCGCCACCCUUCAUUACCGUAGCAGGAAUUCCAAAUUUCCGAGACCUUGGUGGCUAUCCCGUAGCAGCGCCCGCAAACCACUCCAUCCGUAGAGAAGUCAUCUAUCGAUGCGGAGAGCCAUCUGCAGUCACUAAGGAUGGCAUCACUACGAUGAGUAAUUUGGGCAUCACUCGAAUCUACGAUUUACGUUCAGUGCCUGAAAUAGAGAGAAAUAAGAAUGCUGGACGUGGGGGCAUUGUUGAGUGGGAGGGCUGUGAGCGAGUGUUUGUGCCGGUGUUCAGAAAUGAGGAUUAUAGUCCCGAGAGCAUAGCAGUCAGAUUCAAAGAUUAUGCGGAUGGAGGCCCUGAAGGAUUUACGAGGGCUUACACUGAUAUCCUGAACAAUGCUCCCUCCUCGUACAAGACUAUCCUGCUUCAUCUUGCAAAUGAACCAGAGCAACCUCUGAUAGUUCAUUGCACAGCAGGUAAAGAUAGAACUGGCGUCAUCUGUGCCUUGGUCUUGUCGCUCUGUGGGGUGGAUGAUGAAGUUGUGGCUCACGAGUAUUCGCUCACUGAGAUCGGUUUGCCUGAUGACUGGAAGAAUGCGGUUAUUGAGCACCUUUCCCAUAAUCCUACUCUGGCUGGAAAUCCCGAAGGAGCAAAGAAUCUCAUCUCUGCUAAGGCAGAUAAUAUGCUGGCUACUUUGAAGAUGGUCAAGGAGAGGUUUGGUGGUGCUGAAGGAUAUGUCAUCGACAAGUGUGGGCUGACCAAAACCGAUGUCGAUAACGUUCGCAAGAAUCUUAUUGUAGAGAAACCUGCUGUUCAUGUAAAUAUUUAGAUUUCUGGACAUUAUCGUAUAUAGCAAGUUGGAAAGCCUACUUUCGAGCUUGGACCUCACCCGGUUUAUGAUACACUCAACAUAUAGAGUAGACUUCAUAGACCACGUGUGACGGAGACUUGUCUUUAUACUGGCAACGGGUCUAGCAUGCGGAGGAUUGUGGAGAAGAAGGCUUGACGGACGAGAAGGGGUAAAGCGCACGUGACAGCUUCAAGCUUAUUACGCUAGUGUAGUCGAGUAGGAAC